CGGCUCGUGUUCUCAAUCUUAUCCACCAGGUAGGUCUCCUUCGACAGCAAGUACGACUGCGUCGAGACUAUCGAGACUAUUGGCGUCGUCUCCCGGUCCAACAACAGGACCUUCAUGCCCGUCACAUCCGUCACAAUGCGAUUUGCGUAGUACUGCACGGCCUUGAUUGCAUCCAUCUGCUAUAAAAUGUACAAAAAAGAGUCGAAUUGAGAACAAGUAGCUGCUGGCCACCGGCUGGUGGUGACGCUGGUGUUGACGCUGGCAAGUCGAGGGAAGUACAUCACCCUGAAUCACGUGAUAUUCUCGAUCCGAUUAUGUGAUCACGUCCAGUGCUGGAAAAAAAACUGGCAGUUUAUCAUAAAUUGCAAAUUUCCCUGUCCAAUUUGCCAGCUCUUCUCGCUGUUAUCGUCUCCUUUCUUCAAUUCACUACAAAACAACCUCACAAUGUCAAAGAAGGGAGGAGCAGUCGCCGGCGCCGCCAGCAUCCUGAAGCUUAUUGUGCCUGCAGGCAAGGCCAUGCCCUCGCCGCCAGUGGGACCCGCACUCGGCCAGCGCGGUAUCAAAUCGAUGGACUUUUGCAAACAGUUCAACGACCGUACAAAGGACCUGACGCCCGAAACACCCACGCCAGUGGCGAUCCUGAUCCAGCCGAACCGCACGUUCACGUUUACAGUUAAGUCGCCGCCUACCUCGUGGCUGCUGAAGCGUGCGGCAGGCGUGAAGAAGGGCGCUGCACAGCCCGGGAAGGAGUCGGUGGGGACUGUGUCGCUGAAACAUGUGUUUGCCAUUGCGCAGAUUAAGAAGAAGGACCCGGUUAUGAGCCACGUUGACUUGAAGAGCAUUUGCAAAAGUGUUGUGGCCACGGCCAAGUCCGUGGGUAUUGCAAUCGUGCCCUGAAGCGCUGCCAUGCUUUCCGUUUUAAAAAAUAUAUACACCAUAG